CUCCCUCCCCGCCCCCAGCAGCCGCCUGAGGGAGAAGAGUCCACGCUACUCUGGGAGACGGAGUGCGUCGGUGGAGCGAGCGCGGCGGGCGGGACAUUCUGGCAGCUCUGGAUCAUGGCAACCAUAGAAGAACUUGCUCAUCAAAUUAUUGAACAGCAAAUGGGAGAGAUUGUUACAGACCAGCAGACUGGCCAGAAAAUUCAGAUUGUGACAGCCCUGGGUCAGAGCACGCCAGGCAAGCAGUUCAUCCUAACCAAUCAUGAUGGCGCCACACCAAGCAAAGUAAUUCUCACCAGGCAAGACUCCACUCCAGGAAAAGUGUUCCUCACAGCCCCAGAUGCUGCAGGUGUCAACCAGCUGUACUUUGCAACUCCUGAUCUGUCUGCACAGCAUAUCCAGAUUUUAACAGAUCAUUCUUCUUCAGACCAGACACCAAAUAAAGUUUUCGAUCUGUGUGUAGUGUGUGGAGAUAAAGCAUCAGGUCGUCAUUAUGGAGCAGUAACCUGUGAAGGAUGCAAGGGAUUUUUUAAAAGAAGUAUACGAAAAAAUUUAGUCUAUUCGUGUCGAGGAUCAAAAGACUGUAUUAUCAACAAACACCACCGAAACCGUUGUCAAUACUGCAGAUUACAGAGAUGCAUUGCAUUUGGAAUGAAACAAGAUUCUGUACAGUGUGAAAGGAAACCUAUUGAAGUAUCAAGAGAAAAAUCUUCCAAUUGUGCAGCUUCAACAGAAAAAAUUUACAUCCGAAAAGAUCUCCGAAGUCCAUUGGCUGCAACUCCAACUUUUGUAACAGAUAAUGAAACAACCAGGUCUGCGGGGCUACUGGAUUCUGGAAUGUUUGUGAAUAUUCAUCAGUCUGGAAUCAAAUCAGAAUCAGCCAUGCUGAUGACCCCUGAUAAGGUUGAAUCAUGUCAGGGAGAUUUAAGUACCUUGGCCAGUGUGGUAACAUCAUUAGCAAAUCUUGGCAAAACAAAGGACAUUUCACAAAGUAGCCCUGAGCUCUCAAUGAUUGAAAGCUUAAGUAAUGGAGACACAUCAUUAUCAGACAUUCAGCAUGAGAUGCAGAGCAGCAACGACGUGACAAGGGCAUUUGACACCCUUGCAAAAGCACUAAACCCAGGGGAGAGUGCAGCAUGUCAGAGUUCAGUAGAGAGCAUGGAAGCAAGCGUACACCUGAUGGCUGGAGAGGCAAGCAUGAAUAUCGUCGAAAUAGAGGGACCACUUCUCAGCGAUGCACAUGUAGCUUUCAGGCUUACCAUGCCUUCUCCUAUGCCGGAAUACCUGAAUGUUCACUACAUCGGUGAGUCUGCCUCCAGACUACUCUUCUUGUCCAUGCACUGGGCACUUUCCAUUCCAUCCUUCCAGGCUCUGGGUCAAGAAAACAGUAUCUCAUUAGUGAAAGCAUAUUGGAAUGAACUCUUUACCCUUGGUCUUGCCCAGUGCUCCCAAGUAAUGAAUGUGGCCAUGAUAUUAGCAGCAUUUGUUAAUCGUCUUCACAAUAGCCUUCAGCAAGAUAAACUGUCAACAGAGAGAGGAAAAGUCAUGAUGGAACACAUCUUUAAGCUGCAAGAGUUCUGUAACAGUAUGGUCAAACUCUGCCUGGAUGGGUAUGAGUAUGCCUAUCUGAAAGCCAUAGUGCUCUUUAGUCCAGAUCAUCCAGGCCUAGAAAACAUGGGACAGAUUGAGAAAUUUCAAGAAAAAGCUUACAUGGAAUUUCAAGAUUAUAUAACAAAAACAUACCCAGAUGAUACCUACAGGUUAUCCAAGCUACUUCUUAGAUUACCUGCACUAAGGCUGAUGAGUGCUACUAUUACAGAAGAAUUAUUUUUUAAAGGUCUCAUUGGCAAUGUACGAAUUGACAGCGUUAUCCCAUACAUUUUUAAGAUGGAGACUGCAGAUUAUAACUCUCAGCUAAUUGGUCACGGCAUUUGAAAGCUUGAUGUAGUGGUGCUGUAGACAUAAACUCAUUUCUUCAAAACGUAAGAAACCACACUAUAUCUGAUCCUUCCACUGUAUCUGGACAUUUCAUUUUUAAUAUCUGACUGAAAUCCAAAAUGGUUUCUUUUUCACACAACCUUCAAGAAUUUGUAAGUGACAACUCAGCACGACUAGGAAUAAACAUCAUCUUCUUUCCUAGUCUCAUAUUUAAGUGGAUGAGGAGUCUUCAGAAUUCAGCCUUGGCAAAGAGCCAUCAGGAGCACCACAGACCUGUGUGAGCUAAGAUGUCUCUGCAUAUUUCAUGUUGGAAAAAUAAUAAUAAAUUCAUUUUCCUUUCAGAGUGUUGUUCUAUUUAUGUUUAAUUUAAUCAUGAACCAAUAUGAAAACUCAAUGGUCUGAAAUUCCUAACAAGCCCAAGAAUUGCCUUCAAUUUUCACAUUUCUGUAAUAAACUCACUUUUGUUUCAAUUAAUAUGUGAAAAAGAAAUAGGUUUUUUGCUUAAUGGUGUGAUGAUGCCAUUAACACUGCAGGGAAAUCAAAGUAGAAAUUUUUAUUUUAACUUUUGUAAAUACCGUGGCAUCCCCUAGCACAGCAUUCCCAUUGCUGGCAAUGGGUCAUGGGCAAUUCUGGAUGUUCAGGGUUGAUAUUUUAGUGUUGUCUAUUAGUAGGUAAUGAGCACUUUUUAUUUAUGCAGUAGAAAAUUGAUUUUUGAGUAAAGUGUUGACUAAUACACUUUAUUCUGCGUUCUCCAUUUUUAGUUAUCCACUGUAUUUUAAGAGAACCGCACUGACUGAGCCCAGAGUUGUGUUUUGUUUUAGAUUUUUUUUUUCUAUUUUUAACACUAGCUAGUAUAAAUUGCUCUUGCUUUCUCUUUUAAAGAGCAUUCUGAUCUCAGGAUUUUCAUUUCCACAUUUCUGAGUACAUUGAUCCAACUGGAUGAUUUUGCCAUCAUAAUUCUAGUUUUUUUUUUAAAAACAUGAGGAGAAUAAAUAUGUUGAUUUUUAAAUAGCCCAUUUGCAAGAACAAAUUUGAGUUUUCAGGGUAGCUGUGCUUAAUUAAAAAAAAAAAUCUAUCAUAUGUUUUCUUUUAGCAGCAGUUUUUUUAACUGCUGUGAAAUGAAGAAAUAUGCAAGGAUCCUUACUCUAGUUUAAUGAUAGUAGGCACUUAAGCUCCCAUUAUUGUUAUUUCGAAAACAUCUUGAGUUCUUGGUUACUGUCUUCCAUAAUACAUGUUUUUUUCAGAGUUAAUUUUAUAUUGGUUUUAAGACAUUUCUUUUCUUUGUUCCCCCUGUGGAUUGUUUAGCAGUUAAAUUCACUAAUUUGUAAAAACCAAUCUGGAAAUUUCAUUACAGGUAGCAAAAAUGAAUUUUUGGUAAAGUCUUUUGUAACAAAAGAGGAACUGGAACUUUCUUGUUGUGUUCACUAAUCAUUACUAUCUAGGAAAUCAGAAAUUAAAAUGUGUUAGCCUAUGGUCUUCUCCUGUUUAUUAAGGUGGCUCUUUUUUGCCAGUUAAAAAUGAGAUUUUUGUCAAUGGAUUUAUAAUUUUAAACUGAGAGGAAUAAUACCUUUAGUAUAAAAAACUUCAAAUGGAAAAAAAAUAAUUUUAUACUUUGUAAAAUCCAAUGUAGCGAGACAAGAAUUCAGGAAAAUAAUCCUUUAAAGUAUUGUACAUACAGUUAAGAGAUAUGUGUCUUUUAGACAUUUUCCUGAUUAAACUUGUAGUUAUAUUUGGAAGUGUUUUAAAGGACUGUAUUAAAGUAUCACUUGCAUUACAAA